AGGGACGCCAAAAUCUCUGCUGCCGACGAAAGAGUUUGACCAACAACUUUUGUUCUACUUAAUUUUAUUAAGAGUAUUUUCUUAAUCCAAUUUUUGGGUUGCGUGGGUGAUAUGAGUUCCUCGCUGGAGGAAGACGGCACACAUUCACCUACACUGGACCUUGUCAUUCAGAAAUUAGAGGAGUCUUUGCUUGACUUUGAGAGCCAUGAACCGAACUCCGGAGUUGCACCGGCACCGGUGUCAACCUGCAUCCACCGUAUUAUCACCAGGAACCUGGCCGAGUUGCCUGACGAUAAGGCAGCCAUGGAGGAGAACCUACAGGAUGCGGAUUCUUUGACUGUGAUGGUCUGUAAGGAGCAAGUCAAACAGUGCAGCCUCACGAAGAAGCUGGAUCAUAUGCUGAGCAUGCCGUCACCGGCAGACUCGGACCAAGAGAGUUUGUUGCCGCGGCAACAGGCGGUGCAGGAUCGAGGGUACAGGCAGAGGCUUCUUCUCUUCCAGGAGGCCCAGCAGAAGCAGGUCCAGCUGGUCCAAAGGCUCCAGACCAAGGUCCUACAGUACAAGGGCAGGUGUGGCCAGCUGGAAGGACAAGUCCUGGAGAAGACCUCCGACGUGGAGAAGAUGCGACUGUUGCUGCAGUCCCACCAGGACUCAGCCCAACGUCAGGUGCAAGAUCUCAACAUCAGCAUCCGGAGCAAGAUCGCUCAACUGGAGGAGGAACAGAGAAGAUGUGGCAGCCUGGGCCAAGUCAACUGUGUUCUGCGAGAACAGCUGGAGAGGGCAGACGCCCUCAACCAGGGCCUGGUAGAAAGCCUGCGGAAGGCCCGUCAGGACGCCGAGCUGUGCGAUACGCGCCUGCGCCACGUUCACGAGACGUCGUCUUGCCGCCUGAGUCGGGAGCAGGCACACGUCAGAAGCUUGUGGCGCCAGGCCGCCUCCCUGAGGACCGCCUUCACUCAGCUCAGGACCUUCGCUGACAGGACACUGUCUGAUAUGCGCAGCGAGUACGUCGCCGCCGGCCAGCGGCUUCAAGUGGCCUGUCGUCAUCUGGAGACCCAGGCCGCGCAGGAGAGCGCCUCCGGUGGUGUGGAUGUGUCAGCGCUGGAGCGGCAGCUGAAGGAUGAACUCCAAGAAGCCAUGCAGCUUCAGGGCUGCUGGGACGCCGAGAAAGUGGAACUCAACUCCAGGCUCAUGGAGCUGAUGGAUACAGUCAAGCACCUUCGCAGCCAAAACAGCGAGAAGGACGCCAGCCUGGACAGGAUGGAGACGAGCAGAAGCGAGGACAAAGGAGAGAUGGAAGUCCUCAAGGCUGAGAACCAAACCCUGCACAAAGUACUCUGCAAGGUCCACCAGAUGGUGUCCAAUGAAGGUGACGGCGGCACGUUUGGAGGUCUUCUUGAUUGUUCUCCACAAAGCAUCGCCACACUGAUGGCUGUGCAGGGUGCCCUCGACAAGCACAAGCAACAAAUUCAGGAUCUUUGUAGUCAUCUGGAGGCCUCACUGAAAGAAGCCAACUUGCUGCGUAGUCGACUGCAGCAGGGUGACUCGGACAAGACAGAACUGGAGGCGAGGAUCCGGCAAGUGACGAAGGAAAGCCAAGAGGUCCAAAAGGCAUUAGAGGAAACCGUUCGGGAGAGGGACAGAUACCGCUCCUCGCUGGAUGUCAUGUCCAGCGAGAAGUGUGGUGUGGAGCAGCUUUUAGCAAGAGUGCAACAGGAGUGCGACUCCCAGCGCAGCGAGCUGGAGGCCCUGAGACGGCAGCACCUAGAUGCCGACCUGCAGUUGGCACGGCUGCGCUCCGAGGUCCAGCAAGGUGAGCAAAGCCUGGAGGAGCUGGAGGGGAAGCACUCGGACCUCCGGCGGGAGCUGGUGGCUGCGAGGGAGGCGCUGAGCCGGUCGGGCUUGGAGAAGGAGGUUCUAGAGGAGGACAAGGCUAGCCUGGCUCUGGCUCUCACCAAGGCCGAGUGUCGCAGCGCGACGCAGGAAGCGCUAGUGGCCAAGCUGCACCACCAGGAAGCGGGAUUGAAAGACUCCCUGGCCAAGAUGGUGGCCCUGAGUGAGGGCCUGGCCAAGGACAAGGUGGAGCUUAACCGCCUGCUACUGCAGGCCGAAACUGAGAAGGCGGAGCUUGGUGACCGCCGUCGGGAGGCGGAAGUGGAGCGGGCGGCGGCCCGGGAAGAGGUGGCCCAGCUACAACGGGAGAAGACAAAUGCUCUGGCGGAAAAAGAAUCCCUAAAGCGCUCACAGGGCAUUUUGUGGGACUUGCGACGCAAAAUGGAAGACGACCUGGACCGACUGCAGAAGGAGAAUGCACACAACCUGGAGCAGCACUCGCAGGUGAGCAGGCAGGUGCAGAGCACAUCCGAGGAGCUUUGCGAGAGCAGGAGGCAGUUGGACGAGCAGGCGGCGGCCCUGGAGAGAGUCGCCACUGACAGAGGCGAUCUAGCCAAGGACAAGGCGGCCCUGGAAGUCCGACUCUGCUCGGCCGAGCGCAAAACCUGCGACCUUGCGCAGGAGCUGCUGGCACUCAGAGCCGAGAAUCAGUCCCUGGAGACCAGCUUGUUCCAGAGCCAGGAGCUGGCCUCGUCCCUGGAGGCCGAGUGCCGUCGCGUGGAGGCCGAGCGGCGCAGCGUGAUGUUGGCGAACGAAGCCUUGACGCGUGAUGUCGCUCGAGUGCGUUUGGAUGCUGAACGUGAGCUUGCUCAGGUUGCGCAGGAGCGCAGCGACCUGGAGGAGAAACUGCUCCAAGCAGAGAGGAAGGCCCUGCAGAGCCUGAAGAACAGCGACGAGCUUCACAGAGAGCAGCUGGAGGACGAACGCAGGCGGAAGGAGCAGCAGCUUCUGGAGAUGACGAGGCAGCAGGAGCAGCUGCGCUCACUCAACCAGGAAUUGGCAGAGCGCAGCAGGGAGGAGGUGCAGAAGGCAAAGGAGGAGAUGCUCAGAGCCCAGCAGGACUGCGAGAGGAGCAUCAUGAAAGCCCACAGUGAGAAACAGCAGACUUUGUCCCAGAAGGAGAUGGAGAACGUGUCCCUUUUGGAGAAGCUUGCUGCCCUCCAAAAGGAUCUAAACUCUGUCACCAGCGAUCUGGAGCUCACUCGGAAGGAAGCGCUCGUCGCACAAGAGCAGGACAAGAAUGAAAUGUCGGCCCUGCGGCGUGAGACGCAGCAGCUGAGAGCAGACUUUGAGGCGUCGCUUAACUCGCACGAGGCGGCCCAGCAGAGUGGACGCGAGAGGCUGCGUGAGCUGGACAAACAGCAGCAGGCAGCCCAGCGCCAGGUGGAGGUUCUUCAGGCUCAGCUGCAGGACGCCAAGGAGCAACUGGGAGAAGCCUGGAGGGAGCUGGCCGAUGCCCGGCGGUCCCUCCAGGAGAGCUCUCAGAGUUGGGAGAAGCAGCGCAAGGAGGCCGUCAACCUGCAACGCUUACUGGAGGAUGAGACCAGUGCAAAGGAAGCCAUCCACGCCUCCAACCAGGAGCUCAGAGCCUCCGUCAAGCGAGCAGAGAGCGACAACAGCAGUUUGAGGCGAGCGGCAGAAGAGCGUGAGCAGCAGUUGUCCAUCUUGGAAGAGCGCAGCGCCUCCAUGCAGCGGGAGGCGUCCACCUUGAGGAGCAGCAUGCGCGAGAUCGAGAAGUCACGGCUGCAGGCACGCCGACGGAACCAGGAGAUGCGCAGACAGGUGAAGGUCCUGGAAGGUGAAAAGCAGAAUCAGGAGCAAGAGCUGAAGCAGCUGCAGGUGCAACUCUGUCAGGAGGAGCAACGGCACGAAGACGCGCGACGCCAAGCCUUCAGCCUCAAGCAGAGAGUGUUGGAAUGUGAGGCAGCCAGAGAUGCAGCCAGCAAGCAGGUGUCAUCCCUGCAGAGACGCGUCUUGGAGCUGGAGGAGGCUGAGCGUCAGGGCUGGGAGCUCCUGCAGACCCGACAAGCCCAGCAGCAGCUGGCCGACCAGAAGCAUUGUGACGAGGCCACCCGGCUGCAGCGAACCCUGGAGGACGCCGCCCUCCAGACCGGCGAGGUGAACGCCCGGCUGGGCCGCGCAGAGGCCGCCGCCCUGGACUUGGAGCAACGACUGGGAGAGAGCGAGGGCCGGAGGCGCCAGCUGGAGCGCAAAGUGUUGGCGGUGGGCUCCACGCUGCGCCGUCUCCGCUUGUCGUCUCCCAGGAGGAGACUUCCUCUUCAAGGCUCGGCGGGAGACGGCAUCUCCACGUCCUGUGCUGAUGAAGAACUGGACUUGGACUUCAUCCAGGCCGGCCUGCAGGAACUCCAGAGAGAACUCAGGGACACACGGAGAGAAAGAGAUCAGUCCGAGGCCCAGCGAGUCAUUCUUAGCGAGCAGGUGUCAGCACUCAAGGACAAGUCGGCCAGCGAGGUGACCAAACUUCACAAGUCCCUGAAGCAGUUGAAAGACGGAAACAGGGAGAUGGAAGAGCGACUGCGCGAAUCCCAGACCUCACUUUUUAUGCACCGGGAAGCAGCCGAGCGCGACAAGAUGGGCCUGGAGGAGGAGGCGACUCAGCUGCGGUCCGCCCUGCUCGCUUCGCAGGCUGAGUCGAAUUCACUCAAGGAAACGAUGGAUUGCUCCCAAGCUCAAGCACACGCGGAACAUGAGAGACUAAAAGAAGCCCUGGAGGAAGCCCAAAGUCGUAUAGUCCUCCUGGAGCUCGAUCGGUGCUCUUUGGAGGCUGAACUGCAGCGCGCCCGCCAAAGUGCAUCUGAGCUGGAGUCGGAGACAACGGCGUUACGGGGGAGGCUGGCCGAGGUCUCGAGGAAACUCAGAGGGAGCGAGGCGGCGCUGAGGGCCGGCAAGGAGCGCCAGAGCGCGGCGCUGGCCCGGGCCGAGCGGCGCCAGGGACAGCUGGGUGAGCAGGUGCGAGCCUUGACCGCCACGCUGGGUGAGCAGCGCAGCAGCGAGGGGGCGCUGCAGGAGAACCUGAAGCAGCUGCAGAGAACCAUGACUGACAGCGAGACGGAACGACGACUCCUGCAGGAUCUUCUGGACGAAAGCCGAGAUGCCCUGGGGGAGAGCAAGAAGCUGAACCGCUCUCUGACGGAACGCAGUCGGACACUUCAGAGGCAACAGGAGGACUCAGAGCGGAAAAACUGCGAGCUAGACAAACACAACAAGAGCCUGCAGCAGAUGGUGAAACGCCUCCUUGGCCAGAGCUCAUCAGCUUCAUCUGCAGUUAUUGCUGGUGUAGCUGACAGUCAAUGCAUCAAUUCUCUUGAAACAUCCCAAGCUAAGUGUCACAAAGCACCAGAUGAAAUCAGCAUGGCGAUCUGUGCUGUACACCAACAAAAUUGUCAGAAUUGGCAACAUACGGUACUACAGGCGGCGCAGGAAAGCGUUGAGCGGCCGGAGAGCAAGUUGUCGAAUCUGCAAAGCAAGGUGAAGAACCUCCAGGUGGCGCAAAAGGCCGACACGGAAAAAGCUAUGAUGCAGCUGGGAAAAGACAAAAGUGCUCUCAAGAAGGUAUUGGAGAAGGCGCAGACGGACAGGCGGAGGAUAGAGGAGGCGGUCGCCUCGGAGACGCAAAAAUCGCGAGUCUGCCUUGAGCAGCGGCUGGUGGAGAGGCAGGACCAGGUGACAGCCUUGCAGGUGUCCACGCUAAAGCAGCAGCUGGACGAGGAGACGCGCAGGCGACAGGCCUGCGUCCACAAGAUGCUGCAGCCCAGCGCGCACUCAAGUAUGUUGCGACCGCCACAUGUGGACAACAACAAAGAUGCUUUUGUUUACAACAUUGGACUGACUGGACGGGACGAACUGUUCGAUUCUUCUGGAUGACAAACACUCCCACAUGGGUGCAGGCCAUCAAGCUUAUCAGUCAUGACCGGGCUUGGCGCCACUACUGUCAAAAAUGCAUGUGCCGAUACAGUUAUGAGUUACCUGUUAAAAGAUGUACCUAGUAACGUAUCCUUUACUACGGUCGGGCUUUGAAAAGCUUUUCAAGUGGACAUGAAAGAUAAUAUGAUGUUUAUUUGACUCCCCUUUGUCCGAUUUUCUUGACAUUUUUACACUGUUCUUUGUGUGGCUUUUUUGGUGGGGGGGGGCGGUGGCUUUUGGGUUAUAUCUCGGGGUGGGAUUCCGCGUGGGACAGAAGUGUCUCUCACAACAUGCUGACCCAUUAA